GAAGCGCAGGGCGUGAGGGAGACGAGCUGUGCAUGCGUGAGGGUGUGCGUGUGUGUGCGUGUGAUUGGACUCGUUGAACCUGCGUGACGGUCUCUCUAUCGGCGGGCUUCAGAGGCGGUCGGUGAGCUGUUUGAGGAGUGACUCGCCUCGGCGCCUCCUCUGUGUCGGUGCUGUGUUGUCAUGCUCGACGCCUGAUGCGCUCAGAGGACACAGGCUGCCCGGGAGACGGCGAGAGGGGCGUGAUGGCCGGACGCACCCUGACUCGGUCAUGCAUCUCCAGAUAUCCGCCCGGACUUCUGAUCCCCUUCAGCCCUCAUCAGUGUCCUUCCUGUGCGUCUCCAUGAGGCUGCCUGCCUUCCUGCUGCCGCGCUCUCUGAGUGGAUGCUGCUGUCAUCACACAUGUGUGGCUUGCAACGAGAGUCCAUGAUCUGGACCGGACUGCAUGCAGCUCUGGGUGUACAGUGCCAUGCUGCUUUAGGGUGACACUGAUGCAUUUUUAAUGACUUCACCUUUUCAGGUUACUGCUGCUGUUGAUGCUUGAUGACGUAUGAUGCGUGGCAGUUUGUUCUGUGUUGAAUCGAGAUUGCUGCUCUGAGUGAAGAGGACGGACUGAGCACCAUCUAGGAUGGAGUUGCUGCGCAUGAAAAUAAGAUCAAGUAAAUAAUUAGGAAUGAGGCAUCAGACACGUUAAUGGAGAUUUAUUUGCCCCAGUAGCUGCACACAUAUGCAGUGGAUGGAUUUUAAUUGGGUGUUUUCAAGGGACAAAAGAGCUGAUUGGACUGCGCUGACAGUGUGCUGAAGGUUGUCAGGAAGAGUGGAUCUCUUUUCUGUAUCCCAGAAAAAUGAAAAUUGCAGUCAGAGAAGAAAUUCGUGACUAAAAUUAAAAUCCAAAAACAAAGAAAUUCGGGGCAUGGAUGAAACCAGCGGCCCCUCUGCUGUUGUGUCUUCCAAGGAGAAACUUAAUCUCCCUACUUGUAAGUUUUGUGUCACAGUCGUGCUGUCAGGUUCUUUCACAUCCCAACACGCUGGCAGACUGUCAGUUGUUCAUGUCGCUCUGUCUGGUUUCAUUCACCUGCUGUGUGUCUACUGAAGCCUGACCACAUGAGCGGAGGCGGCGCCCUGCAGCAACGCACCACCUACCUCAUCUCCCUCACCCUGGUCAAGGUAGAGGCUGUGGAGGAGAAUGGAGGGGAAGCCAAGCCCGGCGCCCAGGGGAAGGAGGUGGAAGCCGGAACAGGAAGAAGAGCAGGAGAAGAGGCCAGGGUGAGCGUGGAGUUUGAAGGUGAAGCUCCUGCACAGACUGAGAGUGGAGCUGGAUUAGAGCAGCUAAGGGCUCAGGAUGCUGCUGCUUUGAAAAAGGGCAACUUAACUGAUGAACUCAAAGAUGGAGAGAGAAAACCCUGCAGCCCUCUGAAAGAUAAACCACUCGCCUCUGUUGAUGUCCUGAGUCCGGGGAGCGAAAAGCCACCGUGCAACCUCUCAAUCCCCUUAGCCGCUGAGAGAAUGACAGUUCAGAAGACAAAGUCUGCAGAGAGUGAUUCAGCACGAGUCGAGAAGACACCUCCCACCCCUGAGGCAAAACAAUGCUUGUCCCCAUCACUGACCCCAACGGCACCAACAGAGGUGGUGAUGGAGCCCAGCCGAACCCCGACCCGGACCAGUCUCCCUAUUCGUCCGGUGGGACAGCGUCCUGUGAGUCUGCUGAAGUCUCACAGCAGUGUGGCCACCCGCGGUCGCGACUCGAGGGAGGGGAGAGAGCGCAGCCCUACCUCGGCACAGAGCCUGGACCGCAAAGACUGCCGCGUGCCGACACGCUCGCCAGGCCCCUGCAGGGCCUCAUGGGCCGAGGCGAGCAGGCCUGAUGGAUGGAGGGACCUGCGGGAUGAAGCCCAAGCUGGAAUACCUCUAGAGAUUGGAGGUGGCAUGACUGCAGUGAUGAGAGAAAACCCCAGGAAGGAGAGGCUAAAGACAGGUUCGGCCUCCCUACCUGCACCGGCUAGCCAGGCGUCGAAGCCGGCACGCAAAGGUAAAAGCCGCACACUGGAUAACAGUGACCUGAACAGCCUCUCUGAAGACCUGGGGCUGGCCAGGGAGGCCCAGCAGGGCCAGCAGGGCCAACGAGGCUCCGCUAAAGACAGGAAGAUGCUCAAGUUCAUCAGUGGCAUUUUCACAAAGAGCAGCUCGGGAGCAGCGGGGUCAUCCUCCACGGCGCCUCCUGUCUAUAUACAGAGAGACUCCAGUGAGGAGGAAGUGAAUAUCGCCAACAGCCAGGAGUGGACCCUGAGCAGAUCCAUCCCAGAGCUGAGACUGGGCAUUCUGGGAAAUCUAAAAAGUGGCAAGUCAGCACUGGUCAACAAAUACAUCACAGGCAGUUAUGUUGCACUUGAGAAGCCAGACGGUGGCAGGUAUAAAAAGGAAGUGCUGGUGGACGGACAGAGUCAUUUAUUACUGAUCCGAGAGGAAGCUGGAUCACCUGAUGCACAGUUCAGCAGCUGGGUUGAUGCAGUGAUUCUGGUCUUCAGUCUGGAGAACGAGGCCAGCUUCCAGGAGCUCUACCAGCUCUACAGCCAGCUCAAUGCAUAUCGCACGGACAUCCCGAUCAUAGUGGUCGGCACCCAAGAUAAAAUCAGUAGCACCAACCCGCGUGUGAUCGAGGAUCAAAGAGCCAGACAGCUGUGCAUCGAUGUGCGUCACUCGCUGUUUUACGAGACCUGUGCCACCUACGGGUUCAACGUCGACCGAGUGUUUUCAGAGGCCGCCCAGAAGAUCGUAGCUCAGAGGAAGCAGGCGGCGCUGCAGGCCUGCAAGUCUCUUCCCAACUCUCCCAGUCACUCUGGAGGCUCCACCCCCGGAUCGGCGUCGCUCCCCGGCCAGGCCACUAAUGGCCCGAGUAGCGGCUACACCUACUCCCUCCCCUCCACCCCUGUGGUGGGUCACAGAGACCUGCGAGUUGCACAGGGAGAUGGGGGAGGCAGCGUCAACUCUCGUUCUCUGAAGAACAUCCCCAGACGGCCCUCCCUCUUCAAGAACCGCGAUGCAGAUAAGAAGGCCGGUGAUGGUAAAGCAGACCUUAGCAGCACGCGGGGUGUCCCCAUCAAACAGAGCAUCCUGUGGAAGAGAAGUGGGAGCUCUCUGAAUAAGGAGUGGAAGAAGAAAUUUGUCACGCUGUCCAACAACGGCACACUGUCUUACCACUCCAGCUCCAGUGACUACACACAGAAUAUCCACAGAAAGGAAAUCGACCUGCUGCGUGUGACGGUUAAAGUUCCCGGGAAACGUCCUCCAAGAGCCGUGGCUCCAGCGGGUCCCUCACCUGUCCCCCCCGGCUCUGUACCUGGAGUUAAUGGGCUGGGUAAAGAGCUGACGGCCGCUGAUAACGCCAGUACAGUUCCUCAGUUGUGUCCAGCCACCCUGUCUGUGGUUGAUGACCGGUCUGGUGGUUUGUCACCUCAUGGGGGUGAGAGAGGACUUCAGCGUUGCCCCUCCUCAUUGUCCACCAAAGCACAAAGUGUUGAUGCCCUGGAAGGAGCAGCCAGUCCGUUCUCUGCAAAGGACACCAGCCAGUCGUCUCCCAUGAGCGACAGGAAGAAGAACAGGAGGAAGAAGAGUAUGAAUCAGAAAGGCGAUGCAGCCGUCGGCCAGGCUGAAGAGGAGGAGAACGCAGACUUCAUCAUUGUGUCGUUCACCGGGCAGACUUGGCACUUUGAGGCUCAGAGCCUGGAGGAGAGGGACUCGUGGGUGUCGGCUAUAGAGAGCCAGAUCCUGGCCAGCCUGCAGUCCUGUGAGAGUGGCAGAAACAAGGCUCGGAGGAGCAGCCAGAGCGAAGCCGUAGCACUGCAGGCCAUCCGCAAUGCCAAAGGCAACAGUCUGUGUGUGGACUGUGAAGCACCAAAUCCCACCUGGGCCAGUCUCAACCUGGGUGCGCUGAUCUGCAUCGAGUGCUCAGGGAUCCACCGAAACCUGGGGACUCACCUGUCUCGUGUUCGCUCGCUGGACCUGGACGACUGGCCCGGAGAGCUCACACAAGUCCUGGCUGCCAUCGGAAACCACAUGGCCAACAGCAUCUGGGAGAGCUGCACUCAGGGCAGAACCAAACCCACACCCAAUGCAACCCGGGAGGAGAGGGAGUCGUGGAUUCGUGCUAAGUAUGAACAACGGGCGUUUGUGGCGGCUCUCCAGCCGGCCCCGGGGCCCCAGCUUCCAGAGGACAGCGUGCCGGCGUGGCUGCUGUCUGCGGUGACUGAGAGAGAUCUGCCCAGACUGCUCCUCCUCCUGGCACACAGCACCAAGGACCAGAUCAACGCUCAGCCGGCCGGCUCACCUUCGCCGCCUCGCACGGCCCUGCACGCUGCUUGUCAGCUGGGAGACGUAGUCAUGACCCAGCUGCUCGUCUGGUACGGAAUCGAUGUGAAAGCGAAAGAUAACCAAGGCCAGACAGCCAUGAGGAUAGCCAGGAAAUCAGCGAGCAAAGGCUGCAUCGACAUUUUGCUCCAACACGGCUGUCCCAACGAGACGUCCCCUCCCACCGCCACGCCCGUCCUCUCCCGCCGCUCCAGCACUGCCAGCCUGGGCCGAACCAGCUCCAGGAAGCGGGUGUCGUAGCGCGAGCUGAAGAUGAGAAGCCUUUUAAAACGUGGACACGGGCAGCGCUGACUCUGGAGAGGCGUGGUGACAGGACUAUAGCAUAGAACUAAGGAUUCAAAAACAGUUUGUGAAGACUGAACAACAUAUCAAAAACAACUUAAAAGCAAUAUUCACUCAAUUUGUCGAUGACAGAUCUAUAUUGCUGAAAAUACUGUGUUGUUGUUGACCUCAUUUCAAAACGACUCAAGUAGACAUUUGUAGCUGUCCUCUGUAAUUUUAGAGCAGACGCUCAAACGGCUUCUGUUUCACUUCCUCCAGGUGAAGUGCAAUAAUGCAGCUAUGAUGAUGAUGAAAAGCGACGACGAGUGUCGGACGGCUGUUUGGUCUCGUUUGUGACAGAAUCAGUACACGGACAGGGUGCUGCUUUCGUUCAAAACUGUUGUGACCAAAACGGCGAUUUUUUCCUUUGGCUUUACAAAUACAGUAUGUCAUGUUGUUAGUUAUGUGUGCCUGUCGCAGGUCAGUUAAGCCAAUAUAAACUGUUUAUCAGUGACAAAUCAGCUGAGAAAAUUCUGCUUAGACUAGAGAAAUGAAUGGUUUGGAAUAUGAAAUAUGUCAGUGUUACUCUCACAGGUCAAAGAUAUGGCGUUUUAAUAUACUGUAAAUGUGACUAUACUACAUACUUAAUGUUAAACUGUAACUAAGACACAGAUGGAAAAUGAAAGACUCGAUUUUGUAAAUGAUUUUUACCAGUAGUUUUGAAAAUAUGUUUGUUUUUUCAUUGUCUCUUAUAAUUUCUUAUUCUCCUACAUGUCAUGAAAGCAUAAGCCAGUAAACAAAUGCUUUUACGUACGUAAACAUGUAGCUGUCUGUUAAAAGUCUUCAUUGGGAUGACCGGACGGCGGCGUAAAGACUCUGACGUUAUUUACCUUCAUAUUACUGUUGUGUAGGUCUAUCAAAUGGGUUUACAGUGAAGUAUGAAGAGCCGCAGGUGUCAGUGUUGCCUCUGACACUCUGUGGGUUGUGAGAAUCCCCCAUGAGCUGCAAGAAAUGGUUACUGGUAUAAAAUAAACUUUUUUAAUCAGCA